AUGCACUCCUCACUGAAUCGUGCGCAAGCCGUCUUCGGCUUCUUCACUACGGUGGCCUUAUUUGUCGCUGGUGUUGCUGCUCUCAGUGUUCUGUUUUUCCCGGCUGAUAGUGUGACGUCGGAGGUUGAGCUUAAGAAUGUUCAGGUGAUCAAAGGACGCCCGCAUUACUACUCGAGUAAGAAGGAAGAAUAUGCGCAGAUGCGGUUUGAUUUGGAUGCUGAUCUCACGUCCCUCUUCAACUGGAACACAAAACAACUUUUCGUCUACGUCUACGCCUCUUACUCCUCCUCCGAGAACCCCUCCGCCUCUCUAAACCCGCUCUCUGAGUCUAUUAUCUGGGAUACCAUCAUCGAAGCCCCCGAAUCUCCCUAUUCGUUUAACGCACUGCGCGAGCGACUCUUCCCGUUCUCUACGACCAAGCGCAAAAGCACCGGUCUGAGCAAGAAGAAGAAUAAGAAGGACUCUGCAGCGCCGGGUGUGCUGCGGCUGCGUGGGCAGAAGUCCAAGUACCAGAUUGGGGAUAUCACGGGCAAGUUGGCGGAGAGAGAGGGUGUGACGCUUUCUGUGGGGUGGAAUGUGCAGCCUUGGGUUGGGGCGUUGUGGUGGAGUCCGCGAUCUGGGUCUAUUCCCCGGACUGGGGGUGCAGCGGGUGUUAGCAAGCCUUUUGAUUUCCCGCAGGUGAAGGGGAGUAAUAGGGCUAGUACGGCUGCAGCGCAAGGGCAGGCGCAGAAAUCGGCGUUUUAG